UGAUUUAAUGAACUUAUCCGCAAACACCAAUAACGUUGUUAAUAAAGUGUCAAAUUUCUCCAAACAUAUGCACCAGCCAACUAAUUAUCUGCAACGUUAAUUAAAACGAGCGAAGACAGACAACUAAAAACCAAUUAUGUUUUAUUAAAUCGCCGCUCACUUUCUUUUAAAUUCCGAAUUUGUGUCGCUUUCUUCUCUGAAAAAAUGAACGCUACCAAUUUUAUAUCGUGGACGUUUUUACCGCUACUCAGUAAUCAUUUUGAAUACAACCAAUUAAGCGGAAAAUCUUCGACGGGCUAUGUUUCCGCGCUACAUUUUUAAAAAUACCCAGCGUGUGACGUUUCUGCUGUGACUAAAGUACCGGCCUGAUUCGGUUCGUAGACGUCGCCGCAACCACAUUCAGUUGAGUUGGUGUUAAAAAAAACAGUGAAGAGUGAAGCAACGAAAAGAAGAAAUUCGCUAACGUUUGCGAGUUUGUUUGCAGAUUUAAGUGUAGAAAAGCUAGAGGAUAUGUAAAGUAUUCGUUUAUUUAUGUGAACUGACAAUAAUAAUGGCUUUAAAUGUGGAAGGACGCACUUAACCUGCAAUAAAUAUUUACGUUAACAGAGUUAUAAAUGAAGUUGAAACAAUAAUCGAAAAGCAGUGUGUUAUUCUCAUUAUUUUCUUCGAAAGAUAAAAAUAAUGUUGUUAGAUGGAAAUACUCAACAGUGUGUUAAUUAAUUGGUCCAGCAAGAAGUUAUUCAUGUGAAGACUUGUUCAAGAUGAGUCACAACAACAGUGACCAAACCCCCCUUUCUCAACCUUUGAAAGUAGAAACUGACAAUAAUAGUGUCCAUGCGGAGACCAGUAAUUACUAUGAAGAAGAUAAAGAUAACUUUAGUAGAACUAAUGAUAAUGAGGACAAUGAUUCCUUGGGACCUCUUCCCCCGAAGUGGGAAAAAGCAUACACUGAGAGUGGCGAAGUUUACUUCAUUGACCACUCUACCGGGACGUCGCACUGGCUGGAUCCACGACUUUCGAAGUUCCAGAAGAAGUCCCUUGAAGACUGUCUAGACGACGAGUUGCCUUACGGUUGGGAAAAAAUCAGCGAUCCAAAUUACGGCACCUAUUUCAUAGAUCACGUGAACAGACGAACUCAGUACGAAAAUCCUGUGAUACAAGCAAAAAGAGCAGCAUCCCAAGCUUCCGCGCGUGCGAGUCGCACGUCUUUCACUAAAGACCCCGCAGAACUGUGCGGCCAACGAUUUCGCACUUCUCUUGUCAAGUCUUCUAGAGGUUUAGGUUUUACAAUAGUAGGUGGUGAUGACGGCGUUGACGAGUUCCUACAAAUCAAAUCCGUGGUUCCUAAAGGACCGGCUUGGUUGGACGGCCAACUUCAAACAGGCGAUGUUAUUGUUUACGUUAAUGAUACCUGCGUUUUGGGGUACACGCAUAUUCAGAUUGUUAGAUUGUUUCAGUCUAUUAAUGUUGGAUCUACGGUGUCGCUGGAGGUAUGUCGGGGGUAUCCGCUACCGUUCGACCCGAACGAUCCGAACACGGAGGUUGUUACAACAAUCGCGGUGGAUUCGCACCUUCAACAAGUACCCACCGACAAGCGACUUCUAGACACGAAUUACAAUUUUUUGGAUGGGGAUGAUAUAUCCAGGGAGGAGGACAACACACUGGAACCGUCUGACGAUAUAGACGAUUUGAUUAAAGGAAUAGGGAAUUGUACGUUGGGGAAGGUUGAAGUGAGGGUACGCAUCGUCAAGGGGAAUUUGGGUUUUGGAUUUACCAUAGCAGAUAGUGCGUGUGGGCAAAGGGUUAAACAAAUACUUGACCGACAACGCUGCAAGAAUCUCAUGGAAGGUGAUAUUUUAUUAGAAAUAAACGACAUUUCCUUAGUCAAUAUGUCUCAUGAUGAAGUUGUACAAGUAUUAAAGAAUUGUCCUUACAACAGUGAGGCUACAAUUUGUGUUCAAAGAGGAUGCACAAACAAAACACCAAAUAUUAGGAAUAAGUUACGAAAAUUAGAUAAUAGAUUUGGUGGUAAAGACAUCAACAACGUUUAUCGCAGCAAAACACCAACGGCCGAUAUCUAUAGUACCCAACCAAGAGAAGUGUUGCCCAGUCGUCCCAAAACACCUCUGGUUGAUACAAGAAGCCUUUCUAAAACACCAGUUAAAGAUUUAAACUCUAACUCAAACAACGAACUCUUCAAAUGUGACUAUAGUAACGACAACUUUAGUGCUGAUCGUUCACGACUUCGCCUAUCCCUCAUCGACAACCCUGAAGAAGAAGACGACAUAGACAUAUCAGAAAACGGACCCAGUAAGCCUUCCUACGACUACCCGCCUCCAGUUGUCGACCCUAAGUACUCCUGGGGGACCCUCAUGAUGCACCAAUACGACUGCACUUGUUACAAUUGUACCAACCCCCGAAACACCAUGGUCGACAACUGCGACAGCUACGACCCCUCCAUCAAAAAAGCCCCUGGGGGCGACUACUGGCAGUACGUGCCACGAAACGCAGAAUACAUGACCACCACAGUCAUACUCCACCGCCAAGAAACCGGUUUCGGCUUCAGAAUCGUAGGCGGCAUUGAAGACAAGUCCCAGGUCGCAGUGGGACACAUAGUGGCAGGUGGCGCUGCGGACUUGGACGGGCGAAUCCGAUCCGGGGACGAAAUCGUGAGCGUGGACGGGUUUUCGGUUUUGAGGGCGUCACACCGCCAGGUCGUGCGGCUGAUGAACUCCGCCGCUGCCAGGGGACAGGUGACUUUGGUGGUGCGGAGACGGCUGUACCCGCCGCCGAUGAUGGCGCCUUAUCCUAUGGGGGUGAAUUGGCCGCACGAGAACCCGCCGCCGCCGCCUGCCUCGCACCUGCCGGUGUUGUCGCCCCCACACUCCGAGGGUAACUACGAUGUGACGGUACAACGAAACGAGAACGAAGGGUUUGGGUUCGUCAUCAUAUCGUCAGCUAACAAGCAAGGGUCGACGAUCGGUCGUUUGAUCGAGGAUAGCCCAGCGGAGAAGUGCGGGAAGCUGCGAGUCGGUGAUCACAUAGUGGCAGUCAACCAUAUUGCAAUAAUGCACUUAAGUCAUGGUGAUAUUGUUAACUUGAUUAAAGAGUCGGGUUUGUCUGUUACUCUAACUAUUGCACCUAAUUUCGAUCUUUGAUUACGUAGUAAGAGUAAGUCGAAUUUUUUCCGAAAAUCAAAAAAGUUCUUAAGUAGAGUGUUUUUGAUUAAGAUGUUGUCAGAUUAAGAUAUAUAUGAGCCUAUGUUAUAAAUUUGAGAAUUGUUGCCUAAUACCAAAUUGUAUUUAAAGAUUUGUGAUAGUGUUUUCUCACUGCCUUGACGGAUUUAGAAAUGAUGAAGUCACUUUAUGUGCUUUAAAACAAAAAAAAUCACUUUUUCGUUUGACGUUAAAAUCGACUGAGUUUUGUUUUAGUUAAAAAAAGUCAAAUUGUGAAAACCAAAGCUGAUGACGGUUUAUUGGCAGGAUAAUUUGGUCUUUAUCUGAACUGGUACUGGCUAUAACGUCAGCUGAAACGCUUUGCUCAAAACCAGUUUUAUUGUUAACGUAUUUUUAAACUUGAAAACGUGUUUAGCCGUAGGUUUUGUAAUAAAAUUCAUUGAAUCUCGUAUUAUACACAGCUAUGACGACAUUUUUGUUACCUACAACUUUGCAUUUGCUUCUUAUUUAUUAUAUAUUUUUAUAUUCUGUUUAUUUUACUUUAAUUUUAUGUUACCUCUAUGUUAUGACAUAGGUUAAUUGUAACUGCAAUAUAAUCUAACAAGAGUAUAAUAGGGGACAUGUAAUUUUAAGGCGCAGAGCGGAUCUUACGUUCUAAAUCAAAACCACACUAAACUUUUAUAUUUACAUGUAAGACAAACUCUGCGCCGCAAAAUUCAAAUAAAUAUGUGAUACACAAUAUGUAAAAUUAUUCAUUAAACUGGGAUGCUUCUCAUAACAAUAUAUAAGCGAAUUUCUUCAAAUUUUACGUAUUGUGCCUUUAAGUAUAACUUGCCGUUCAUUUAUUCGCAUGUUCAUUGUAUUUCCAUUUUCUGUUUGCGUAAAAAUGUUCCUUCGUAGAUCUGAUACUAAUAAAUUCAUUCCGGCCAGAGCAUUUAAAAUUUUUUACUAGACUGAUUAUAUGUAAAAUUUGUACAUACAUUGUUCAGAUUGUACUCUCGAAAUAUAUUCAUU